UUAGGGGUACAGGGUGAUAUGUCCUGAUAUUGUGUAGACAUGUAUAGGUGGUGUGGGGGUUGUUCAUUGUUUGAUGACAUGUGGUUGUAUCCCAUUGUUCUAUUGUUUCUUGCUUGGGAGCAAACUAUUAUGGGAUAUAUGUGUUUGUGUAUUGGCUUGAUGGGGGGUGACUGCUGAUGUGUCUUUUGUUGCUAGAUUUGGUUUGCCCCGCCCUGUGUCAUUAUGCAGGGAGGGGGGAAUUGUUCUCUUGCAUGUAUAUAUCUUGGGUCUAUUUCCUGAUUUAUUUUAAGACUUGUCUUAUUAGUCUUGUAUGGUCAGUGGUGGUGUCCGUGGAU